GUCAGCGUUUAAAGGAAACGAGAAAGGCGAAUGAACAGUUCCUGGUGCUGAAUGGAUUUGGAUAUUGAGGAUUUUUCAGGGUCUAUACCUUCAUUUUGUUUGGAAAUUUCACUGAAGUUUCACAGUAGUCCUAAAUCCUAAGAAAAAGGGCGUGGACUACGCCGACAAAUACUACAGAUCAGGGGUAACAAUGGAAGCUUUUAUCUGUUCUGAAUAUUGGAAAAGGUAUGUGUCGACAGUUCUUUUUUUCAUUGCCACCUUAAAUUCUGCGUCCGGGGUAACACACUAUUCUGUUCCUGAGGAACUAGAAGAAGGCUCUGUCGUCGCAAAUUUAGCUGUAGAUUUGGGACUGGAAGUGAAAGCAUUAGUUGAACGGAACAUGCGCAUAGACGUCAUUACUAAUAGAAAAUAUCUGGACGUGAACAAAGAAACAGGGGAGCUGCAUAUUGUUGAACGGAUUGACAGAGAAUCUCUCUGUCCAGCCAAGACAUCCUGUUAUCUGAAAAUGGAGGCAAUAAUCGAAAACCCCAAGAGAAUAUUUUACAUUGAAUUAGAGAUAAUGGACAUAAAUGACAACGCACCUCAUUUUAGAAGAGAUACGAUAGAUUUAGAUAUUUCAGAGGCUACGCAGGCUGGUGAACGUUUUUCUGUGAGCAAUGCAGUUGACCCAGACGUUGGUUCAAACUCUGUGAAAACAUACCACAUGAGUGAAAGUGAUUAUUUCACAAUAGAAAUUCAAACCGGAAGAGAUGGAUCAAAAUUUGCUGAUUUAAUCAUGAAAAAGACUUUGGACCGCGAGCAGCAAGCUGUUCAUUAUUUAAUACUUACAGCUGUAGAUGGCGGUAUGCCGUCUCGUUCUGGUACUGCCAGCAUUAUUGUUCAUGUUAUAGACACAAAUGACAACGCCCCUACAUUUGAGGAAGAAAGCUACCACGUCAAUGUAAUGGAAAAUUCCCCUAUUGGGACACUUGUUUUUCAUUUUAAUGCGACAGAUUUAGACGAGGGAUCAAAUUCGGAUUUAACAUACUCAUACAGUCUGUAUACAUCGGAGAAAACGCAAGAAACCUUUCAUUUAAACCCAAACACGGGUGAGAUUACGGUAAAAGGAGUGUUAAAUUAUGAAGAUCUCAGGAUUUAUGAUAUGGAGGUUAUAGCAACCGAUAAAGGAGCCAAUAGUUUGUCAGGACAAUGUAAACUCAAAAUUCUCGUCCAGGACAUGAAUGAUAAUCACCCAGAAAUAUCUAUUAAAUCAUUUCAGAGUCCAGUUAAUGAAAACAUUGAAUUAGACACAGUGAUAGCUGUAGUUAGUGUCAGUGAUAAAGACUCAGGUGACAACGGAGUGGUAGAUCUGCAUAUUCCAGAUAACAUGCCUUUCAGACUGAGGGAGUCCUCUGAUAACUAUUAUGAAUUAGUAGUGUCAGAGCUGUUAGACCGCGAGAAGGUCCCAGAAUAUGACAUCACUUUCACUGUUACAGACAGAGGUUCUCCUCCUUUAUCUGACAAUGAAACUAUGACGUUAGAGCUGCUGGAUGUGAAUGACAAUGUUCCACAGUUCCCUCAAUCAUUUUAUACUAUACGUGUAACGGAGAAUAACGCACCUGGGGCCUUGCUGAGUUCACUCUCUGCGUUUGACCCUGACCUCCAUGAAAACCAGUAUCUAGUUUAUUUCAUCCUAGAGAAGGAGAUAGCCAACACCUCCAUGUCCAUGCUGUUCUCCAUCAAUCCAGAGAACGGGAACCUUUACGCACUAAAAACUUUUGACUAUGAGAUCGAGAAGGAGUUUCUUUUCCACAUCGAGGCCAGAGACUCUGGCUCUCCUCCACUGAGCAGUAACGUGACCGUGCACAUCAUUAUUGUGGACCAGAACGACAACGCUCCGGUUAUUGUGUCUCCGUGGCGCGCGCACGGCUCUGUGGUGGAGGAAAAGAUCCCCAGAUCCACCGAUAAAGGCUCUCUGGUUGCCAAAGUGAUAGCCUUAGACACCGACUCGGUGCACAACUCUCGGAUCACCUACCAGUUCCUACAGGUGACUGACGCCACCUUGUUCAGUCUGGACCAGUACAAUGGAGAGAUCCGGACUAUGAGGAUGUUCAGUUACAGAGACCCGCGCCACCAGCGACUGGUUGUUGUUGCCAAAGACAACGGGCAGCCUGCUCUGUCUGCCACAGUCACCAUCAAGCUGUCCACAGUGGAGACUGCCGUGAAGGCCUACUCUGACAUGACUGAGGUGCCUCUGGAAUACGACAUCUUUUCAGACCUAAACCUGUAUUUGGUCAUCGGUCUGGGCUCGGUGUCAUUUCUCCUGCUCAUCACCAUAUUGGUCACCAUCGUGCUCAAGUGUCAGAAACCCAAGCCCAGCAAAGCGGCUCCUCCCUGCAGGAACAGUGUGAUCAGUGAGAGGAACUCCACCAUCGCAGAUUCCACUCUGGUCUCCAACGAUGCCUACUGGUACAGUCUGUUUCUAGCGGAGACCAGGAAAGGGAAGCUGGUGGUUAGACAGCCUGUGCCAAAGGGCUCCAGAUACAUCGUGUCCAGUCUACCGAGAGGCACAGGACUGACAGACACUAGCGACUCAGCUGCUUCCACUCUGCAGGUAAACCUCAAUUAA